AUGGCAUUGCGGUCUGCCCUGUUGUUGCUGGUGGUUGUGAUGGGCGUCAGCGCCUCACUCAUAUCAUUCGUCGGACAGAUCCUCUCACCACACCGGGAUCUCAAGAGACUCGUACACACGCCUGCAGCCCCUGACGCAUCCGAUCAGCAGCCUGUAGAUGCUGCUGACCAUGGCGAUUCCGCCCGGCCAUUUCGAUCAUUGCGGCACGCCAAGGAGCAGCUCUCCCCUGUCGUGACUCUCGUCACUGUGGCCAGCGACACCCAUAUGGCAGGCUACGUGGUGCUCGACCGGUCGGCCAGGCACUUCGGUGUUCCAAUGGUCACUCUGGGUCAGCAGGGCAGGCACAGGAAGGAGCUCAAGCUGGAAGUGAUGCGGCACUGGCUGAGAGAUCAAAAUCCGGGCAUCUUGUGUGUGUUCACUGACGGCUAUGACACUCUUCUGCGCAUCCCUGGCGAGGAGCUGAGGCGCCGCGUUGGGGCGAUGUUUGCUCAGGACAACGCCACCAUCAUCUUCUCGACCGAGAAAGGCGUCUGGCCCGAGAGAAGGUACGCAGGCCGGGAGAGUAGUAUUGAGCAGACAGGGGGUGUAACACCCUCACGGCUGUUCCUCUGUGUUCUCCGUGCCAGCCUGAAGCCAAGGUAUCCCCGAACGCCCAACGAGGAUGGCUACCGAUACCUCAACGCGGGCGGCUACAUCGGCAGAGCCGGCGCCCUCAGCUGCCUGCUGGACAAAUGGGACGGACGGAUGGACGACCAGCUGUUCUUCACUAUGAGAUUUCUCAACCAGGACGUCGGCUGCAACGUGACCAUCCGGCUUGAUUACGACAGGCUGCUGUUCCAGAGCCUGCACGAGCUGGACAGUAGUGAGUGGGCCCUGGCUGAAUACGGGGAAGGACAACGGACCUUCGCUCGGAGAGACGGCCAAGAUGCCGCGGCGCUGGUGCAUGGCAACGGCGGGGGCAAGGCGCUGCUGGGGUACCUGAGCAACUAUGAGGCCGGUGCCUGGACCGAGGAGAAUGGGUCGUUGUGGCAUCGGAGAGACGGCGAGUCUCCAUAUGUGCAGCCCACCCUGGUCCUGACUGUCGUCUGCAACGAUCGGAAUUCGACAGUAGCGCAUGACGAGUUUGCCCGUGGACUGAUGAAGCUGCAACUGGACCAUCGAAAAACCGCUCUAUUCCUGUGGCGCCAUCCCAACUGCACAGUUCCACUGGACGCGGCCUUCAACGGCCGAUUUGCCGACGUGAUUGAGGGCAACUAUUCCCAUCGAGGGGCCCACGAGCAGGUCCUACGCGUCACGCGUCAGCGCGCGGCCACGCACUUGUUCCUGAUCGAGAGCGGCUUCGUUGUCGAGAGGCCGGACACACUGCAGCAGCUCGUCCAGGACAACCUCACCGCGGUCAUCCCGUUUGCAUCAAACCAAGGGUCGCCCCCAGAACAUACCAAUUUCGUCGCAUCGAUGGACCAGGACAAGGACCUGUCUUCUGGCCAGCAUCGAGGCUUAUGGCGUGUAGAGUGCUGGUCGAGGGCCAUAUUGAUCAGACGGGACCACCAGCCGAGCAUGGAGGACGCACUACAGGCGAUGGCGCAUGGAGACACGUGCCGCCCGCCUGUGGGCCAGUAUUUGUCAAUUGUGUUGGACAAUCGGUAUAGCUAUGGCAGACUGAUAGAGGGCGGGUAGCCCAGGUGUGGCUCUGGUGAGUGUGGGUGGGGCGGUGCAUUGAUUGGCAC